CUCUGACGAAAGUUGAAAUUGUUCUCGCUGAACACAAAAUAACGAAGUAAUCUGCCUCGUUUGCAUACACACACACACGCACGCACACACUCAGCAUUUAUUCGUCUUCUUCUAAUUAUACCACUCCUGUGCCACCGUCACCAGGCCCUACUCUCUUGAGAUCCAGUUAGCACGUCCCCCAUUCGCCUCUCCAAAAUGAGUACCGACCCCAAGCUCGACGCGCUGCACAAGCAGCUUUUCGACGAAGGCCUCAAGAUGCGCCGCAGCGUCGUCGGUGACAGCUACGUCGACCGUGCCCUCGCCAACGGGGCCACCGAGUUCUCGAAGCCCGGCCAAGAGCUCGUCACUGAGUGGUGCUGGGGUUACGCGUGGACACGACCGGGCCUCGAGAAGAAGCAGCGCAGCCUACUCAACAUCGGCAUGCUCAUGGCCCUCAACCGCGGACCCGAGCUGGCCGUACACGUCCGCGGCGCGAGGAACAAUGGGCUCUCGGAGCUGGAAAUCAGGGAGGCCAUCCUGCACUGCACGACUUACUGCGGUGUCCCGGCGGGCGUAGACGCCAUGAAGACGGCCGAAAAGGUUCUGAACGAGAUGGCUGAGAAGGGAGAGAUGGCAAGAGAGCUGGGGAACAAGGUGGCAUAGAGAUUGUUUGGGAUAUGUUAUCACUUCAGGGUUAGCCAAACAGCAACGGGAUAAGAUAAUUAGAAUCGGCCCCAGAUUCGAAGC